AUGCCUGCAGAUCGCGUACAGAAGAGCCGUACCCCCAAAGACGUGCCUGAUCUGGGCAAUCCAGACCGGAAGAGAGUGCUUAACGUACUCGCGCAAAGACGAUACCGUCAGCGGCGGAAAGAGAGGAUCGCAGCACUAGAAGCGCAUGCCAAAGGCCUUGAGAGUCUCGUUGAUCAUUGCCCAACCCGUAGCGAUGAUGCAUCACCGCAAGCCAGCUCGAUUCCUGAGAAUCCUGAUACCACCGUAGAGCUCAUAAGUGUGCCUUGCGAAGAUGACUUGCCGGGGUAUGCGAUCCACGGCGACCCGUUCAACACGAGCUUGGUGCAGGACUUCAGCGAUUUCCCCAUUCUUCCGACACCAUUGCCAUCUACCCCAGAGCUGGCGGAAUGGCAGCAGCGGCCUCCGUCGAACAGUUUUGCGUUCCCUUUCACAGCCGACGGCGGCUUACUGACCGUUCCCGUCCUGAGCAUGGUCCAAGCUUUCAUGUCCAUAGCGACGGCCUUCGACAUCUGCGAAAACCUCUGGGAUCCCUCCUACCUACACGUCCUGCCCUCAUCCUUGUCUCUCCACUCCUCUCUACCAGCGAACCUGCGGCCCGUCCCCGCACAACUCAUCAUCCCGCAUCACCCAGCCCUCGAUCUCCUCCCCUGGCCAACCAUGCGGGAGAAGCUCAUCUGCAUCUUGGCAAUGCCGAGCAAGCUGCGGCCGCCCAUAGCGCGGGAAGAAGAUGAUGGUGGGACAAACAUAUAUGGCGUGUGGCCGUUCUCAGACACAUCGGGCAGCUUGUCACCAGCGCGCCAAAGUAAAGCAAUUACCCAGCUUGUCCAAGAUCUCGAUGAUUUCCAGGAUGGUGGUGGGGUCCGGGUGCAUGGAAACUCGGUCGCGUGGGGACAAGGCAAUGAGUUUGUUGAGGAGGCGUGGGAAGUAGGAGAGAACUUCUACAGGAGGUGGUGGUUUUGUCUUGAUCAGAAGAUUAUUGAUCAGUCGAAUAAAAAAAGGAGAGAGCGAGGAUUGGGAAGACUGAGGAUAGCGGCUCGAUGA